AUGUCUUCAACAAAUUCUACGAAAUCGACUUUAUCAAAAGCUAAAAUUCAAGUUUUAGUAACAUCAAAUGAUCCAUCUAUUUCAUUUAAAAAGCCAACAGGUGUUUAUCAUCAAAAUAUUGUUCAAGAUUAUAUUAUAUGCUUACAAUAUAGAAUCAUAUUGAAAUGGAUAAGUGAAAAUGGAACAAGAGUGAUGAGUCAUCAUAAUUGCUUAAAAAACAAACCUAUUACAACGACUCCAUCUCGACAACGAACUAUAUCAUCUUAUUGUCAACAACCUUCGUCAUCAAAAGAAUGUUCUUUAUUUCAAAAACGUAUUAUAGAAGCAUGUGUGGAAUAUUGUACUGUUGAUGGGCGCUCGUUUGGAAUUGUAGCUGGAACUGGAUUUAUGAAUUUAGCUAAACAAUUAAUAAAUGCUGGUGCUACUCUUGGUACGUCUGUCAGUGUUAGUGAAUUAUUAUCUCAUCCGAGUACAAUAAGUAUGGAAUUUUUAUUUCAAUUAAAAAUGUAUAUACAAAAUCAAUUAUUAUCAUUUUAUUCUUCAAUAGGUAUACAUUAUGGUGGUUUGAGUUUACAUUAUAUUGAUACACAAUCGCAUCUUCGUGUAUUUACAUUAGCAUGUCAAGCAUAUGAUUAUGAAACACAACAUGCAAUUAAUAUACGUUCAUUUGUGAAUAAGAUUUUAGAAGAAUUUGGUCUUUAUUUAAAUGGUGAUAUUUUUAUCGUUACUGAUAACGAGAAUAAAAUGAAGUGUGAUUUUAAAGAUGAUGUGAAACGUAUCGGAUGUAGUGCACAUUACAUAAAUAAAGUACUUCAACAUGCAUUUACAUAUGAUGAUAUACAAUGUGAUGCUGCUCAAUUAUUGUUUAAAUUAGCUCGAGCUAUUGUUACUAAAGUACGUCAAUGUCGUAAGCAAUCUCUUUUAUCAACAUGUUUACAAAAUUAUUGUGACACACGUUUUAAUAGUAUUUAUUUAAUGUUCGAUUCUUUUCUAAAAGUUUAUUUCAAAUUACCAACAAUUUUAAAUGAUGAACAAAAAUCAAAUUAUUUAAAAAUAGAAUAUGAUGAUUUGGUAUCAAUAUGCUUAUAA